CACUUUCUUACUCUUUUCCCGGAAAAAUGGCCGCUGGAAAUGCCAGUCUUCUCUCAAAGCUUCCUACGGCGGCCAUUGGAAAAACACCCGAUUCCUUCUCAUCAUCUCCGACAGUAACUCUCAGACCCAGAAAUUUGCUGAGUCCAUGGCUAGGUACCAAAAGCCUCUCGCUUCAGUCCUCGAGUCUUCGGCCCCGCCCGCUGAAGGUCCGACUCGCCGCUGCCACAGUCUCAUUGAGCCUCCCAACAGCAAAACCAGAGACGGUUUCUUCUCCUGAGAGCAUUCCCAAAUGGUCUUGGAGGGCUAUAAAGUCAUUUGGUAUGUCUGAAUUAGAAGCUAGGAAGCUAAAGUUUUCAACUACAGGGACAGAAGCCCUUCUCAUGGGGAUACUGGUUGAGGGUACUAGUCUGGCUGCUAAGUUUUUAAGAGCAAGUGGAAUUACACUUACGAAGGUUCGAGAAGAAGCUAUCAAGUUAGUUGGGAAGGCAGACAUGUUCUAUUUCAGUCCUGAGCAUCCUCCUUUGACUGAAGAAGCUCAAAGAGUACUUGAUUGGGCUAUUGAUCAAAAAAUUAAAUCUGGAGAUGGUGGAGAAACUACAACGUCUUAUCUACUUCUUGGCAUUUGGUUAGAAGCCAAUUCCCCUGGUCACAAAAUAAUGGCUACCCUUGGCUUCAACGAUGAGAAAGCUAAAGAGCUGGAGACUUUGUUAUCUGAACCUGGAUUUGAAGACGAUUAACUUCAGUGUAAUUUUCUAAGUGACCUGUGACAAUUUUCUUGGUUUGUUCCCAUGAGGUUUAAAACCAAUUUCGGGUCACAAAAUAAUGGCUACAGUUGGUUCCAUGGGGCCUUUCUAGCAAUUUGUUAAGAGUUUCAAGCUUCUGAAAUAUUGUACGGUUCAGCGGAAGGAAAAGCCUUGAUAAAAGAAAAAAAAAAUUCUGAAAAGAUGUGGUAUUGAAAAUUUGAUUGAGUUUACAAGUUAUGCUUGUUUGCAUA